AUGGGGCCGUCGGGCCGCGCCGCCGGCUGGAGGCGGUGCUCGGCGCCCUCUACGACCUGGGUGGCCCGGCGGCGCCCGGGGCGCCGCGCAGGACGGCGAGGGGAGCGCAGGGGCGGCGGCCAAGGAAGGAGAAGAAGAGGAGGAGGAGGAGGAGAGCCGGGCGCCGCAGCCGCCGUGGAGGUCGUGGUGUUCCGCGGGAGGAAGAGGAAGGAGCGGCCCAGCCCCGCGGCAGCGUCCGCCGGCGGAGCCCAGACCCAAAUAGUGAAUGAGGAGAAAAAUGAGAACAAACAAGAAUUUAACUUCGAAAAAGCUCGUCUGGAAGUGCACAAGUUUGGAAUCACUGGUUACAAGAAGCAUGAACAACGCAUAUGGGAACAGGAGCGUGCUAUCAUGCUGGGAGCAAAGCCCCCCAAAAAGGAACAUGUGAACUACAGGAUUUACCAACAGAAAAUGAAAGAGAAAAAAGCAGUGAAAGAUGCUGACAAGGAAAAGGAAUAUAAAGGUGAUUCUCUCAAGAAAAAGAAGAAAGAACAGAAGGAGAGGAAGGCCAAAAGGAAGAAAUCAGUGCCUAGCAUUUGGCCUGCAGGACAAGUUGGAAAAUUCAGAAAUGGGACCUUAAUUCUGCAAAGCCACGACAUAAAGAAAAUCAAAUCAUCCAAAGUUAGGAAAUGAACUUAAUGAUAGAGUGAAAUGGACAAUUGCAUAAGAUAGAAUUCAUAUUGCUACCAACACAGAGCCUCUCGCCUACCCAUCAUGCCAUAAUUUUUUAAAUUUUGUUGUUGCAGGAUUUUCUAUGUUCCAUUCUGCCUUGGGAAGAAUAUGAGAAUUUACCAUUUUGUAAAUAAAAAUAAGAGUUUUUAUUAAGAAGGUUA